AUGAGUGACGAACUCAACCUGUCAAAUCAGAUCGAGUGUGCAUCCUCCAAGUUUCGUCCGAGGAUUCUCACCAGCGACCUCGCAUACAAGAUCUACCGCGAGAAGGACCUUGACAGUCUAGAUGACGCAAGCCUCUCCCGCAAGAGUGCCGACGUGGCCAGCAAGUAUGGCACCAGCGCUAAGACCGUUCGAGACAUAUGGAGCAAAAGGACGUGGACAGGUGCAACAGAAGCUCUUUGGUCGGCUGAAGAGGUGCUGGAGCAUGCAAAGCGGGAAAAGAGAGGCCCGGGAAGGCCGCUGGGAGCAAGAGACUCCAGGCCGAGGAAGAAGCGACCCUACUUUGAUGAGCAGACGGCUCCCCAUGAACAGCACCAUGCUAGCUCUCCGAGGGCCGAUGCACGACUGGAGGUGUCGAGCAACGCGCGGUCGUUGACGCAGGAGGAAGCUGGUGGAAGGGACAGCGAGAGCGAGGCAGGAGUGACAAAUUCCAUGAGGUUCUUCACUGAAAUCACGCCUGAGAGCAUUGAGCGCGCGUUUCAAGAAGACCUGGACUAG